ACCCAGAGCCCUGCAGGGGUAUCAAGCUAAUAAAGAUAUCCCUUGUAAGCUCUGUGAAAAAAACUCAUUCUGGGGGCAGAGUUUUUUUCCUUAUCAUACAUGGUACAAUUUAAAAAAAAUUGAAAAAAAAUAAAUUUAUAAUGGGAUUGUCAAAAAAGGCGACUGUUAUAGGGCUAUCUGCGGUAGUUCUGGUUGGGGUGGUGGUGGCGGUGGCUGUUAUUGAGUACAAACACAGCGCUCAUCAUGGCAGUGCUAGCGGCAGCACGGCCACGAAUGAUGUGUCUACUUCUAAGAAAGCCAUAAUGACCAUUUGCCAGCCAACUGAUUAUAAGGAUGCAUGCAUCAAGAGCCUUUCCUCGUCCAACUCGACUGAUCCGAAAGAACUUAUCAUGACUGGCUUCAAGGCAGCCAUGAGUGACAUUGCAGAUGUUAUUGGCAAGUCCAAGACUCUUCAAGAUGCUGCAAAGGACUCGCGAACCAAACGAGCAUAUGAAUUGUGUAGCGAAUUGUUGAAAACAUCUGCGGAUGAUCUUGGGAGAUCAGUGCAAAAGCUUGCUAAAUUUGAAGCUACUAAGAUGGACGGGUAUGUUGCGGAUCUUAAGACAUGGUUGAGUGGUGCUAUUGAUUAUCAAGAGGCGUGCAUUGAUGCUUUUGAGAACACAACUGGUGAUGCAGGGGAGAAAAUGAAGAGUUUGUUGAAAACCUCCUCUGAAGUAACCAGCAAUGGCCUUGCCAUGGUUAAUGAGCUCACCUCUAUGCUUUCCUCCUUGCAUAUCCCGAAUGUGCAAAGAAGGCUUCUUGUCAAGAAAGACCGUUCAGAGGUGGAUCCUGAUUACGUGUGGCUGAGAUCUAUUAAUAAACGCAGACUAUUUUAUGAUGAUUAUGGUCCUAGACUAGAACAACCUCCAAGUGAGGACACUGGAGCACGAAAACUCCUUAGCACGGAUAGUCUUCCAGAGUGGAUGAAUGCACACCAAAGAAGACUACUUGCAGCUAAAGUAAAACCAAAUGUUGUAGUUGCUCUAGAUGGCUCUGGCCAGUUCAAGAGUAUCAAUGAGGCCCUCAAGAAAGUCCCAGCUAAGAAUGUCGUCCCCUUUGUUAUCCUUGUCAAGGCUGGUGUUUACCGUGAGUAUGUUGAUGUUCCGAGGCGUGUAGACAAUGUCGUCAUGAUUGGUGAAGGCGCAAGCAAAACCAAGAUCACCGGGAACAAGAACUUCAUUGAUGGAGUCGGUACCUUCAAAACAGCAACAUUUGCUGUGAAUGGUGAUGGUUUCAUGGCCAAAGACAUUAGCUUCGAGAACUCAGCAGGAGCUGCCAAACAUCAAGCCGUGGCUCUACGUGUGUCUGGUGACAGGGCUAUCUUCUACCGAUGCCAAAUGGAUGGUUACCAAGAUACCCUUUACACCCACACCUACCGCCAAUUCUACCGUGACUGCACAAUCACAGGCACCAUCGACUUCAUCUUUGGUGACGCUGCUGCAGUCUUCCAAAACUGCAAAAUGAUUGUGCGGAAGCCACUGGAUAACCAAGGGUGCAUGGUCACAGCACAAGGUAGGAAAGACCAUCGAUCAACCGGUGGCCUUAUCCUUCAGAACUGCUCCAUCACUGCAGAGCCAGCAUUCUUGGCCGCUCAGCCUCCAAUCAAGGCCUACUUGGGGCGCCCCUGGAAGGAAUUCUCAAGGACAAUAAUAAUGCAAUCAUAUAUCGAUAAAAACAUCGUCCCCGAGGGAUGGUCUCCAUGGACAGGUACCUUUGGUAUGGACACUUGCUACUAUGUUGAGUAUCAGAACAGAGGACCCGGAUCCGACACCUCGAAAAGAGUGUCGUGGAAAGGUAUCCAGAAGACUGUUUCUCAGCAAGAUAUUCUUGAGUUCACUGCUGGAAGGUUCUUCCUAGGUGAUGCAUGGAUCCCAGUCGCCGGCAUCCCAUAUGACUCCGGAAUGACACGUCUUUAAACUCAGAAUUUACUUUUUGUUGUUCCCUAGUCACAUUAAUUAUGUACCAUGUAUGAUAUGAUGCCUUUGUGCAGAGCUUAAUAUCUAUCAAAUAAACAGGGCUGAAUGCAGAAUUUCUCACUACCAUGC